AUGGCCGGUGAAGACGACAACAAGAAAUUGACGUCAUUAAUAAUGGAGUCGAAGCCUCUGCACCCGCUCCACCAAAUAGCAGAGACCCCAUCUCACAAGCUCCUCCUCAAGCAAUGGCUGAAAGAAGAAGAGCUAAUCCUCAACAGAAUCUCCCUCAAAGCGACCCAAAUCGACUCGGCCCGGAACGAGAUCACACAACUCUACUGCCUCUUCUUCCUCUUCCACUCCAUUGCCCUAAUCCUCCUCUUCAGCGCCUCCUCUUGGGCCCCAAAUGGAAAGGGCCACUUCUGUAAAAAAUCCUGGAUCCCAUCACUCAGUUCUCUAUUUUGUUCCCUAGGUAUAAUCUGGGCUAUUCGGUACAAAACCGAUGUCGAAUCCCACUUGGAGAAGCUACUGGAAAGAGAGAAAGAGGAUGGGCAAUUGUUGGCUAAGUGCGUGGAAGAGUUGAAGAAAAAAGGUGUGGAAUUCGAUUUGCUAAAAGAGGUUGAUGCUCUUAGGAGAGCCAAGAGUUUGCGGGUCGAGUCGAAGGCGGUCCGAAGAUGGUCGAGUAGGGAUUUUGUGACCCUGUUUUUCUUCACUGUUUCUUGCUUGGUUCUUGGAUUCACAAGGGUUAUUUUGUGUAGUUAA